CUGCAAUGACUUCUAAAACAAACCAGGACCCAAAAGCCUUUGUGGCUAUCAAGAAAAGGUCCAGAGUUCCCGGGGUAAUGAUCACUCAGUAUGUUGAGGAACUGCCUGCAGGAAAGACAACACCUGACUUCACUCGGAAACCAAUGUCUGUGACUGCUCAAGAGGGUAAAAAAGGAUUUUUCAAAGCUAUGGUUAGUGGAGAGCCUGCACCAACUGUAACAUGGGGGCGUAAUAUGGGCGAGGUUGAUGACCCACAAAUAUACAAGGCAAGAUACGAUGAAAGAGCUCAAGAGCACAUUCUUGAGAUACUCAAGAUAAAACCAGAUCAAGCCGACACCUACAAAUGCUUCGCCACCAAUGAGUAUGGAAUGGCUGUCUGCACUGCAGCUCUUAAGGUUAUUGAAGUUGGCCUUAAGAAGAAAGCCCAGGCAGCAAAUGCAAAUGAACCACCACAAGAUUUCAGAAAAAUGCUUAAGAAAACUGUUGUUGUCACCAGAAAAAAAAAACUGCCACCAAAAAAAGAUGGCGAAAUUGAUCCUAAGCUCUUGGAACUGCUUAUCAAUGCACCAAAGAAGGACUAUGAAAAAAUUUGUGCAGACUUUGGUGUUUUUGACUUUCGCUGGUUGCUGAAGAGACUCAACCAGUUGAAAAAGGAAAGGGCAGAUGAGCAGGCAAAGGUUGUAGAGCAACUGGAAAAUGUGAAACAAAUAGAAGUAAAACCCAAUGGGAGAGCGGAAUUUAGCCUUGACAUGAAACUACAGGAUCCCAACAGUGCCAUUAACCUAUACAAGGAUGGGGAACCUGUUCCUUAUGGUGAUGAUGAAAAUUCAAAGCAUAGCCUUAAGAAAACAGGGACAAAGUAUGUUUUCAGCAUCAAAGAUCCUCAGCCAGAAGAUGCUGGAUUUUACCAGCUUGAUGUUGAAGAAGCAAAUGUCCUUGCAACUGACUUCCAAGUGCCUGAUGUGGAUUUCAUAGCCAAGAUUAAGGAUGUGAAGGCCUUUGAAAGUGAGGACGCCAUCUUUCAAUGCGUCUUAUCAUCACCUCUCAACAGAAUUACCUGGUCAAAAGAGGAUUCUUCACUUGAACAUGGGGACAAAUAUGAGAUCACUGUCUCAGAGGACAAGCUAAUUCACACAUUGAGAGUUAAAGACUGUAAAAUGGCAGAUGAUGGGGCAUAUUAUGCCAUUGCUGGAAUAACAACUAGCAGUGCCUCUCUCAAAGUGGAAGCUGAUCCAAAUGGUAAAGGCCGCAAGGGCACCCAAACUGGGAAUCAAGAUGACCUGAUUAAACUAGCAUUGGAACAGCAGGCCAAGCUACAAAAACAGAAAGACGCCUUGGAGGCAGCCAGACGAGCACAGUCUGAAAAGGAUGCUGCAGAUGCGGGAGAUGGAAGAGAUGGUUCUGGUGAUGGGACUGGUGGCAAGACUGAUGGAGACGAGGGUGAUGGAGACGGCACGCAUAAGAACCUCCUGACAGAUGGAGAUGAUGGAAAUAAAAGAGAUGAUGCAAAUGAUAAGAAAAAUAAGCGAGUACGAACUGGCCCUUUGGUUCCUGACACAGUUAUAGAUUGUGGUGUUCAGUUUGUCAGUGGGCUGUCAGAUACUGUUGCUAAUGUUGGUGAACGGGCAGAGCUGUCUUGCAAACUAAGCAGUGAGACCUCUGAGGGACGUUGGUAUAAAGAUGGGAAGCUGCUAACCAAUGAGGAUGGUGUAACAAUUAUCAAAGAUGGAGCCUGUCACAGGUUGAUAAUUGAUUGCUGUAAAAAAGAUGAUGCAGCUGUGUACCGCUUUGAAGCUGAAGGCCGUAAAUCAGAAGCAACACUUCAUAUUCAAGAUCCACCAAAAAUUGACGCUGAUGCACUAGGAAAAUUCACAAAGCCAGUCAUUAUAAAGGCAGGUGAAAAUGCCGAAUGGAAGCUGCCAUUCUCAGGUGGGGCACCGAUGAAUAUACAGUGGUACAAGGAUGAUGACGAGCUUUUGCCCGCUCUCAACGUGAAGAUUGAAACAUCAGCUACUGAAAGCAAACUACGCCUUGUUAAGUGUCAAAGGAAAGAUGGUGGAGAGGUCAAAAUAAAAAUAAAAAAUGAAUUUGGUACAACUGAGGCAAUUUCCAAACUUAUCGUACUGGACAAACCCACACCACCACAAGGACCUGUGGACAUAAUAGAAAGUGCUGUAACAUCUGUUGAGUUCAAAUGGAAACCACCAAAAGACGAUGGUGGAUGCCCGGUCACAAACUAUAUCAUAGACCGCCAACAAGUUGGGCGCAAUAAAUGGUCAAAUCUCGGUGAGAUCCCUGGCAACAACCCAAGUUACAAAGAUUCAGAUGUGAACCCUGGAAGGAGAUACUGCUACAGGAUCAGAGCCAAGAACUCAGAAGGCAUCAGUGACUACCUGCAGUCAGAGGACAUACCAGCUGGUGUAUUACGUUAUCCUGGAUCCCCAACAGCACCAAAAGUGGUCAGUGCCUUUAAAGACUGCAUCAAUCUGACAUGGUGUCCUCCAUGUGACACUGGAGGAACCAAAAUAGUGGGAUACAAUUUAGAAAAGAACAAGAAAGGCACAAAUUACUGGAGCCUUGUAAACCAAGGAGGGCCUAUUACAGAUAUAAAGUUUGCAGUGAAAGAUGUUAUUGAAGGGGCAGCGUAUGAAUUUAGGGUGUCUGCUAUCAACCUAUCUGGUGCUGGACACCCUAGUCUUCCAUGUGACACAGUAAACGCAAGAGAUCCAAUGAAACCCCCAGGCAAAGUCACAGACCUAAAGUUAACAUCCUCCAAUUACACCACAUUUUCACUGGCUUGGACGAAACCGAAAGAAAUUAAAGGAGUAGAGGAUGAAGCCCAAGGCUACUACGUAGAGAUCAGAUCAAUAGAAAACCUUGAAUGGACCCGUUGUAAUGCCAUCCCAAUUACUCUAACAUCCUACAACGUGCAUGGCUUAAAGGCAAUGGCCAGCUACUGGGCGAGAGUAAUUGCCACUAAUUAUGGAGGUGACGGAGAACCUCAUGGCUUUGACAAUUACAUAAUUGCCAUGCCUCCUCCUGUAAAGCCAAAGUUUAAAGACCGCAAAAUGAAGACCUUUGUGGUGGUAAGAUCUGGAAACACAGUCCGUCUGAACAUCAACUUUGAGGCCUCCCCAGUGCCACAAAUCUCUUGGAUAAAAGACGGUAUUCCAGUGCCCAAACACGUAACUAUUACCAACUCUGAUAAAGGCUCUCAACUGCUAAUCCCCACAUCUGAGCGGUCCGACAGUGGCAUCUACACCAUUACUGUCAAGAACAUUGUCGGCCAGGCGAGCAUCAAUGUUGAAAUCAGAGUUACAGAUGAUCCCAAGCCUCCAGGUCCAGUGGAGCUGGAACAGAACAUCCCAGGAACAGUGACUCUGUCCUGGACUCCCUCUCCAGAUGAGAAGAGAGAUGACAGACUACACUACAUGGUAUCAAAGCGGGACUCUUUCAAACAUACUUGGAGGACAGUGGCAGACAACCUCUUCAACAAUAAGUUCACCGUUAUCAAUAUUUUGCCCGGACGGGAGUAUAACUUUAGGGUAUUUGCUAAAAAUGACAUGGGUCCUUCACCACCUUCUGAAUCACCUGUGUUUGGAACCAAAAAGGAAAAAGGAAAGUUCAAAGUAAACAUGCCAGAGACAAAAUCCUAUGAUUUUCAGUCACCUCCAUCAUUUAUCGUUCCUCUGAAGAGGCGCACAGCUCCACAAGGUUACGAGUGCUACAUAAGCUGCGCGGUAAAGGGUGAUCCAGCUCCACGUGUGACAUGGUACCGUAACAACAUCAGCCUGAACACAAACACCAAUUACCUCAUCACCAAUGUAUGUGGAGUCUGCUCCUUGCUCAUACUAAGAGUGGGACCCACAGAUGAUGGGGAAUACAAAGUCGUCAUUGAGAACAAACUGGGGACAUCCGAAUCCUCAAUGACACUGAAUGUCAGAGAGUGAAGAGCUGCAGCUGCUGGACAGAAGCUGAACUAACAGAUUUCCUACUGUGUUUUAAAUUAAUUAC